UCUCUCUCUCUCUCUCUGAUCUGUUUGUCCUGCUACCGCUAGAGAGAGACGAAGAGAGUCAAUCUGCUUCUCUCUCCUCUGACCGUUGCGUCGGGUCGUGACAGAGACGGCAGUAGCAUCGGGCAGUCAAAAUUCUGCAGCAGAAUCGACGCACUUCCGGAUUUUCCUUUGAUAAGAGACAUUUGUCGUUGAUAGUUACGAUGAAGAAUCAUGAGCGUGUUGCGAAUCUUGCUUUAGCAGGUUUAACUGUGGCACCACUGGUUGUAAAGGUAGAUCCAAAUUUGAAUGUCAUUUUGACUGCUUGCCUCACCGUUUACGUGGGGUGCUACCGCUCGGUCAAGGCAACUCCACCUUCAGAGACAAUGUCUAAUGAACAUGCCAUGCGCUUCCCUUUGGUUGGGAGUGCAAUGCUGUUAUCAUUAUUCUUACUCUUUAAGUUUGUAUCAAAAGACUUGGUUAAUGCUGUUCUGACGUGCUACUUCUUUGUACUUGGGAUCGUCGCUCUUUCGGCGACACUAUUACCUGCAAUCAGACGUUUUUUGCCAAAUCAUUGGAAUGAGGACCUAAUAGUCUGGCGUUUCCCAUAUUUCCGUUCUUUGGAGGUUGAGUUCACAAGGUCUCAGAUCAUCGCAGGAAUACCUGGAACCUUUUUCUGUGCGUGGUAUGCUUCACAGAAGCAUUGGCUAGCUAACAAUGUGUUGGGCCUCGCAUUCUGCAUCCAGGGAAUUGAAAUGCUGUCACUUGGAUCGUUUAAGACUGGCGCCAUCCUACUUUGUGGGCUUUUUGUGUAUGAUAUCUUUUGGGUUUUCUUUACCCCUGUGAUGGUUAGUGUCGCAAAAUCUUUUGAUGCUCCUAUAAAGCUUUUAUUCCCAACGGCUGAUUCUGCGCGUCCGUUUUCGAUGCUUGGACUGGGAGAUAUAGUGAUUCCAGGCAUUUUUGUAGCAUUGGCAUUGCGUUUUGAUGUGUCCAGGGGGAAAAAGAGCCAGUAUUUCAAUAGUGCUUUUCUGGGAUAUGCUGUUGGUGUGGUCCUUACUAUCAUUGUCAUGAAUUGGUUUCAAGCUGCACAGCCUGCUCUGCUAUACAUAGUACCAGCUGUUAUUGGAUUUUUGGCAGUUCAUUGCAUAUGGAAUGGAGAUGUCAAACAGUUGUUGGCUUUUGACGAGUCUAAGACUGCCACGUCUGAAGACGAUGAUGCCACAUCGAGCAAGAAAGUGGAGUAACCCUCAAAAUGAUAAACCAGUGCCUGCUUUGAUUACGAAAUACAGUUGUUUUCUUGGGGGACUGAAAAGCCUUGCAGCCCGGUCAUUUUCUGACAUGGCCUGGCGCCCCAAUGCUGUUGUAACAGAGUUUUGAUUUAGAGUUCACAGGAUUAUCAAUUUAGAUUUACCAUGUGUCUCUGGUUUUCGACAGUAUCAUCCAAAGAUAACAUUAUUUUCCCCUUGGUAUCUACAAGUACAAAAAGAGCGCUCGGAUUUUGUUUCUCAGGAAA